UUUUUUCAAUCUGCGAAUUAUUUUAUGUUAGUGAACACGUUUUUCUUUGGAUAGCAUGCGGUAAUAUUUUGUUACAAAUUAAAUCGCAAUUGAAUAAAUUUUUUAAUUUAUAAUUACUGUGUCUUUCAGUUUUAGUCAUUAUUUCUUAAAUCUAGUUAAAUAAUUAUUACAUAAUGGCUAAAAGGUGUGACUGUAGUCAAAAAGGCCUGCUAGUUGGUAUUGGUAAUCCCUUGCUGGAUAUAUCAGCUAUUGUGGAUGAAUCCCUUCUUCAGAAAUAUGAACUGCAAGCUGAUGGAGCCAUAAUGGCUGAAGACAAGCAUAUGCCACUCUAUAAAGAGCUUAUGGAAAAACACAAUGCAGAAUUCAUAGCUGGUGGUAGUGUUCAGAAUUCCUUACGUGUGGCACAAUGGAUCCUUAAGAAUCCUAAUGUAUGCACAUACUUUGGUUGUGUGGGCAACGACGAUUACGCACGGAUUUUAAGAGAAAGAGCAGAGGCUGAAGGAGUAACAGUCCGGUACCAAGUAACAGACGAAGCCCCAACGGGAACAUGCGCGGUACUAGUUACAGGGACUCAUAGGUCAUUAUGUGCUAAUCUUGCUGCAGCACAGAAGUUCACACCAGAUCAUUUGGAAAAGGAAGAGUGUCGGAGGAGUAUCGAAAGCGCAAAGUUCUUCUAUGCAUCUGGUUUCUUCGUAGCAGUAUCACCAGAGUCUAUUAUGCAGCUCGCCCAACAUGCGCAUGCGCAUUCACAUACAUUCGUUAUGAAUUUGAGCGCACCUUUUGUUUCCCAGUUCUACAAGGAACCAUUAACACAAAUUAUGCCGUAUGUGGAUGUUUUAUUUGGUAAUGAAUCUGAAGCAGAAGCAUUCGCACAAGCCUUCAAUAUAGCUGAAACGGAUUUGCAGCAAUUAGCCCUCAAAACAGCCGCUUUACCAAAACUGAAUUCCCGACAACGUGUCGUAGUAAUCACCCAAGGAAAGGACCCGGUGAUUUUAGUGGAGGGAUCCAAAAUAUCCUUAAUACCAGUUAUUUAUUUGACCCGGGAACAAAUUGUGGACACCAAUGGCGCCGGGGAUGCGUUCGCCGGGGGUUUUCUAAGUCAAUUAGUUAUGGGAAAGUCCUACGAAACAUGUGUCAAGUGUGGUAUUUAUAGUGCGACUCAUAUAAUACAGCAUUCGGGCUGCACUGUUAGUGGUGAAAGUGAUUUUCAAGAAUAAUUUUAUUAAGCCACUCAAGUGUGACUUAAAAUAGCUAUAAUUUCCAUAUCAACGGGUAGAUUUCAAAUAUUGAGAGUUCAUAAGAUUGUACCAUUAUUACUUUAAAUUCUUGUGAACUGUAAUGAAGAUUUAUGUUAAGUUUUAAAAUAAACUGAAAUCUAAAGUAAUAUUGUACCAGUUUUUUAAAAGAAUAUCGCUUUGAUAUGUUAAUGUGACCAUUGUUAUUUAAUCGAAAUAAAUAUCAAUAAUGUAGGUACUUUUACUUGAAAGAAAUCUAUAUCUAUUUUUGAGUGCAACCUAACAAUGUUAGUGUUGUUAAAAUUAUUUUGUAUAGUAUAUAUAUAUAUAUAUAUAUAUACCGUAAUAUUCAGCAAUAUACAUGAAAAGCAAUAUGUGAAUUUUGUUGUAAAUGUCUGGAUGUUUAUCAUUAUUUACUGUGUAAGUUUAACUUAAUUUUCAUUUGAUUGUUAUAAAUUCAAUAAAUUUUUUGCCUAAAAAAAGAAAAUGAAAUAACUGGCAACAUGAGUUUAUUUUGCAUAGAGACAAUAGAGCAAUGUAGACUAAUGUUAUAUUGAUAGGAUUUUUUUUAAUUUCAUUUAAAAGAAAUUGGUAACAUAAGUAAUUAUAAAAUAUUGUGCUAAAAGCAUGUUACCAUAAAAAUUAAUAUAGUUUUAAGCACUGUCAAAACUGUUACUUAAAGGGCCUUUAAGAUUCCUUUAAAGUCUAAGUUACAAUUACAGUACAGAAUUUAAUUUAAUGCACAAUAUUACAUCAAAAAGAAGUUGUUACCAGAUCUGUAAGAUAGUUUGAAGUGUUUGUACUUAUGAGCUAUGGAUGAUAUGAAUAAAGAGUUUUUUUUUUAAUGCU